AUGGCACAUGUCAAAUGGCAAUUCCAUAACGAUGAUUUUCGGGACAUCAUUGCAUCUAUGGACUCAACCAAAACGAGUGCGACGCUACUGGUCACUAUGUGUACCUUGGAGCAGCUUAUUCGAACCUGUGCUAAGCAAGCCGCGGAGGGUCAGCCGAUCUCAGCGGAGAUGCUUCAGAAACUAAAGAGCCAAAGUCUGCAGAUCGAAGCACUGAAACUGCAGAUGAAGGGCGCUCUCGAGCGGCUGGACAAAGCGGAGGCGGUGGCGAUGGGUGAUCGCAGUAUGCAGAUCCUUGAACUGACGAAAAGAGCCCAGCAUGAGCACGUGAAAUUGAACCCGAUGCUGAAGACGGCACUGAAGGUCCAUACCGAGGACAUCGACUCCGGUGCACUAGAGACUCGCCUGAGGCGUCUCUGGCUCGAAAGAGAUGACCCACAAGACCACACAGGCCGUCGAAGCGUGCUCAGCAACAGUCCUUCUACUGCAAAAGCGGCCAACCCACAGCCGACCGAGCUCACAUUCGCUAGCUCGUCAGUGUCAACUGAGGACGAUCCGGUCACGCCAACGCUUGACAUGUCUGUCGUGGUGCCCCGGAUAGUACAGCUACCGCGACGGGAUAUGCACCAUCCAAGACCAGCUGGCUCGGUUCCCACCGCGUUAUUCGGAGAGCCUGGCAGACCUGUCAAUCUCCCACAGAGUGCCGUGGAUGCUCCAUCUGAGGAUGAGGUAGGCCAUGUGGUCUACAGCCCGGCCGAAGAUAUCAUGCUUGAUGAGUACCGUCGGCCUCAGCGUCCAAAAUAUUCGUCAGAGCGGGCUCGCUCUGGGCGAUUCCACGGAGACACUCAACCUUGA